GCAACAUCUUAGUAGGUUGUCGCUGUUGAAUGUUGUCAUCUCUAAAUAUGAACAUCAUGUACAAAGAGGAGAAUAUUUCACCCGGUCGUGUUUGUUGAUUCCGUUCACGAUGAGUAACCCGUGUCGAGAAGUGAUCACUCUCCAGCUGGGACAUUACUCGAACUUCGUGGGGACCCACUGGUGGAAUUUACAGGUGAGUUUUUAGAUCGGCGGCUAACUGCUAAGUUAGCUGUUAGCGUUAGCUGCGCAUGUGUUGUCAAAGUUUGGAGGCAGCGGUGAGAGCUGAUGCUAACAGCAGCAUGAAUCUGCAGGAAAUGGACGUUUAUUCAGACAGUGGAGGAAACUGCAGCAGAAGAACCACAUUUUUAAGACACUGUCAGGGUUUGUUUGGAUAAAGUCGCUCAUAAUCAGAAUCAGGCUGCUGGUGUUUCUGUGAUCGGAUAUUUUAACUUCUCCGACGCACACAGAUCCUGUUCUGGUUCAUUAUUUAUUGAACAGCAUAUAAAUCACUGCAGAGGUUUGAUUAGAAUAGAUCUGGCUGCACGUGUGACUUCAGUUUCUUUGUAAAUAUUGACCAUAUCGAAGCUAAAUCAGGUUAUACAUCUCAGACAACAUCUGAACACUCCUGCUGCACCGUCCUGUUUCUCUUUGUAAAACAUAAACUGGUUUAUGAACAGUUCAGAUGUAUUUUUCACCUCCCAGCCUCUGACCUGAGUGUGUCGAUUUACUUUACUGAUGAGAAUCUCCCAGUUUUGGCGCCCCCUCGUGGGGAAAGAUUCACCUCUCAUCACUUUGUCCAGUGUGGGUCCAUGAGGAGCUGUCUGACAAAAUAUCUCAUCCUUACGGUGGCCGAAAACCACCACUACUGCAAAAAAAAAAAAAAAAAAAAAAAUUGAAUGCCACUGCUGCAAAUAAAAAAAAAGUCACAACAGAAGUUACCGACACACAAAAAAAAUUUGAAGCCUGCUCCAAAUAACAAUAAUAAUAAUAAAAAAAGACGGUGCAGCGGUGGCGGUUCUUGGCCACCGUACAUCUUGCUUUCUUUUACAUUUUUAAAAAUCAGUUUGUGUCUUUGUCUGUCCUUCAUUUCUUCUUGUGUCGCUGGACAUGAGGGUUGCCCCUGCUGUGAUCUCUUCAGUAUCAGAAAAGGUUGAUUGAUUGUAUUUUUGUAUUUAUAUAUAUAUUAAAGGUUUACUUGUGUGUCUUGCAGGAUGCGUCUUUAUCAUAUGAUCCAGAAGCACCACUGGGUGACAUCCAGAGUGAUGUCGUGUUUCGUGAAGGGCAGACUCUUGGUGGACAUGUCACACACACACCUCGCCUUAUCGCCAUGGAUCUCAAAGGUAAUGUCUCAGUUCAUGUGAAUUUUAGAGCUGAAGACAUCCUCAGUGAAGACACAUGGAGCUAACUCACCUGGUCUCUGUCUGUUAAUCACAGGGAGUCUUCGGACUCUGCGGCAGGAAGGAUGUCUGUAUGAUCCUGGCAAAGACACGUCUGCGGUCACAUGGUAAAUAUUUAAGAUGUGAAUAAAAAAAGUAAUAAAAAAGAAUAUUUUUACAGAUCUGGCAGAUUUACAGCACACUUACCUAACAGAGUUUCUCUUCUUAUUAAAGAAAUUGCAAGUAUUUGGAAAAAAAAAGAUAAAGUUUUAGACAAUUCAUGAUCUCCUUGGUGUAAAAAUGUGCUCAAUCCUGCAGGGAGGGAAGCAUCAUGAUGCAUGAAGAAAGUCCUCCCGCUAAGAACUCUUUUCUUGAAGAUCUGGACAGGUUGGAUGUAAGUAUUCAUGAAGGGAAUUAAACUGAAAAUCAGGCUUUGUUAAAGAUUAUCAUUUAUGCAUCAUUCAUUCUGCAUUUUGACUUUUCUUUGGUCCACAGAGAGGUGAGAUCUUAGCUGAAGCAGAUUUUUACUCCAGUCCUCAGCCUCACUGCUCUGGUAAGAAACCUUAAAGGAGACAUUUUCGACUCAUUUCCACCUCUCAAAACUUGACUGAUUUGCUGCCCAAAAAACUCCUUAUCAAACUUAAACUGGCAUCUGUGAGAGACCUAAUAUAAGCACUUCCCAGUCACUGCCUAAAAUGGUUCCUUGUGGCUGUUUUUCCACCGAUAUUCAAGUUCAACACAGCUUGUGGGUGUUACUUUUUACACAGCUUUGUAGUUAGGAAACAACCAGGAAGUUAUACCUUUCCAGAAAACUUCCAAGUUUGUCCGUUAAAGCCCACACUUUUGGAUAUGUUACAUUAGUUGCAUUACUAGUGCUAUUAACAGCUUGUGUUUUCAGUAUGGUUUGGACAUCCAACAGUAUGUCAUGAUAUGUACACAUUAAAAACAGCCCAGAAGGUCUUCCUUUACAUAUCUUUUAAAGACUAAAGAGAUCCAUGUGAAAACUCUCCUCCAGCAGGUGCAGCAGUGAGUGUGGACACGGUGAACAGCCAGCUGGCUCGGGUUCAGAAGGCCUACAGGCUGGAGGGCAGUGUGAAGGUGUGGUCGGACUUCCUCAGGAUUCACCUGCACCCUCGCACCAUCUCCGUCAUCCACCAGUACAACCAUGACGGGUAGAGAAAACUCUAAUGAAAUCAUAAUAUAACCAGACAUUAACUUAAAGCUCCUGUGAGGGUUUUUUUGACAUUAAUGAAGUCGAUUAAAACUCAUCUUGAUGUUUUUAUUUGUGUUCAGGGAGGCUCAUCGUCUGGAGGCCUUUGGUCAGGGAGAAGCUCUCCUGCAGGGGUCGGUGCUUGAAGACCUGGAGGACAGACUGCACUUCUUUGUAGAGGAGUGUGAUUACCUUCAGGUAACUCAAAUUUUAUAGUGAGCUAUGUUUGCAAUAAGAGCGUAAAAAAAGGCCAAAAAAUUUAAGUUUUUUUUAGCGUCUGGAUGUACAUUUACAGGUCUCAGUUUCAUUGAGUCUCUCCCUUUGAGUUUUCCUUAUCCUGCUGUCUUCCUCUUAGGGUUUCCAGGUAUUGUGCGACCUGGCUGAUGGCUUUUCAGGCCUGGGGUCGAAGGUCACAGAGAUGCUGCAGGACUCUUACGGAGGGAGGGGCAUCCUGACGUGGGGGUUAGCGCCUGUCAGUCACCCAAACGCAGUGAGUAUGACUGUGUGUAUGCUCAGAGCUGCUUUAGAGCUCAUGUUCAACCCUUCGUUUCCUGAGUGUUUACUUUUCUUCUUCUUCAAUCAGACUCCGGUGAAGGACGUGUACCACAUGUUGAACUGCACGUUAGGGACAGUUCACCUGGCCAAUCACAGCUCUUUUUUCUGCCCGCUGACUCUGCGUGGGGGACUUGGAAGAAGACCCUCGUCUCCCACAGCGUUCCCCUACCUCACUUAUGAUGUGAGCUCUUUUUUUAUUACUGUUUCGGUCGCUAAAAUUAACAUAAUUUCACUGGACAGAACUCAGUGUUUGAGUUAUUUAACUGUAAGACUGCUGGGGUGAAUUUUUCACAUAAAGUAGGUCUCUUCGGUUGUUGAUAAAACCUUUUUGGUGUCUCAUUUUUCCUUUGCAGCCCUCCCUCUGGUUCCACUCCAGCUCCGUCCUGGCUCUCACCCUUGACGCCCUCACUCUGCCGUACAGGCUGAGGACCAACAGCAUCCCUAUGUGGCAGCUUGCGGACACACUGGCUGUUUCUGGGAGAAAGGUCACUUCUAUCUCUUAUAUUCUGUUUGCAUACAUCCUUCACGUCUUCUUUAAAGAAAUCUGAAAGCUAAUAUCUCCGUGGUGUCAUUUAACCUCCAGGUGGUGGCGGCUUACGGCGCGGUCCCCUUCCCUAUGAUGCACGGCAGCUCUCUGCCUGACGCCCUGAGUGCCUGCGCUGAUUCGCUGCCGUGGAAACCUCUAUCAGCCUGUCCUGAGCUUGGUGAUGGUCGUUGUUACGGACAGUGGACGACGCUGAAAGGCUUUGAGGGUCAGAGGCUGAUCAGGUCAGGAAAACAUUUAAUAAUGCUGCGGACUGCAGCGGGGUGACGCAGCUCAAGGAAGAACAUUUAUGAUCAUUUCUUUAUCAUUUCCUUAAAGUAAUAAUCAUCAUAUUCAUCAUUUCGCACUGCAGACGCGGUAGUUCUUCUGCCUUAGCGUCUCGGUCUGAUUGAUAUUAAUAUUUUACUUAAAUUGUAACAACAUGGUUAUUUCUUAAGUUUCAUUGGCCAACACAUCCCCCUGCUUUGUUUUUUUUUUCCCCCUCUCUUUUCCCAAGAAGAGUUGAAAUCGCUCCUUGUUACACUUGCAAACUCUGAAAAGCAGACUUGCUCUUUACUCCAGAUAAUAGUUGAUAAAAACGAUAUGCUUAAAAUGAUCCCACUCAUCUUCCUUUCAGCUCCUUGGCUCCUGGGAUCAAACCUCCCACCCCUCUGCACAGCCUCCACAGUGGAGAGGACGUCCUGGCCGCCUACAUCAGAUCCUUCUAUCCCACAGCUCCUCUGUGAGUCUUCACACUGUGUCAUGAUGUGCAUGAAUCAUCUGACUUCUCAAACUCACAGUUUAACCCAUCACUGCUCUCUCCUCUCUACAUCUUCAUCCUCAGAGCUCUGCAGCUGGUGUCUUCUCCCAGUAAGCUGACUCCACCUUUCCCUCAGAUAUUCAAUCAGUCUGUUGGCGCUCAAGGCUUCCUGCAGAGCCAGUCUCCACCACCUGGCUGUGAGUAUAUUCCUGUUUCUUAAUUUAUCUCACGUUUUUUUACUCAGACCUUACUCAAAUCUGUCACUCUCUCUGCAGCUCCGGCCCCCAUGGUCUCAUCUGUCCCCGUCUUGACGUCCCUUCAGUCCGGUCCUUCCCUCGGCUCCUGGCUCUCAGAGCUGCAACGAGGUGUCAGUGCUUUCGACAUCCGCCGUGUGGCCCCCAGCUUCCUCUCCCAGGGGCCUGAAACAGCCGACUACGAGGACGCUCUAGAGCAGCUUCGCUUACUGGCCCGGUGUUACCGCGAUGACAGCGGUGGGGUGAUGCACUCAUCCUCAGAGGAGGACGAUGACGAUUGAAAAUGACCAUCUUAGCGCCAUUAUCUUGAUAACAUAACUGCAUGGCUCGGCACAGGAGAGAAUGAAGAGCUUUGCUUCUGGUAUGUGCAGGACCAGGACUCGAUUACAUGCUAACUGAAGAGACUGAGCCUGUAAGACACAGAUGAGGGGCUAUUUUAAGAACUCUUAAAGAGGUAUAUGUGUUGUAGCAUCACAAGACUGUAUGGACUGUGUAACAUUUCUUCCAAUAACUGUAUAUGUGUAAUGUUUUUAUACCAAACGCACACUAUAAAAUGACUGUAUUUGCAUAAAGAGAUGUUAUUCUUCCUCCUUUGUUUUGGGAACAGCCCGCUUUGACGAUUAAACCGAGCAGAUGACAGAUGCUGACAGGGC